GUUGGGUUAAUAAUAACUAUAUUGAUUACAAUUUACAAUUAUUUUGAUGCGAAACUGGCAAUUGCAAACCUCCCUCGCGGCUCACACAAGAAUAUUUUUUGAUGAUUAUUUUGAUUUUUUAAAUUAAAUUAUUUACAGUUAUACACAAAUAAUGGAACUACAAGACACAUACUAUAGCAAAUCCGAAUACGUAGAAACGACGACGGGGAACAAAGUGAGUAGACAGGCGCAAAUAUACGGCUCGCAAAACAUUAUACUCAACGGCAAAGUUAUUCUACAAUCUGGCGUCAUGAUACGAGGUGAUCUUGCCAGCGUCAAAAUGGGUCGAUAUUGUUUUGUCGGCAAAGGUUCUGUAGUUCGUCCUCCGUGUAAAAAAUUCAGUGGAGGGUUUACUUAUUUUGCUCUUCAAAUUGGAGAUCACGUUCAUAUUGGCGAGCAAAGUGUGGUUCAAGCAGCAAUUAUCGGUUCCUAUGUACAUAUAGGCAAAAAUGUUGUAAUUGGUAAACGAUGCAUAUUAAAAGAUUGUUGCAUGAUUGAGGACAACACUGUGCUGGCUCCUGAUACUGUGGUGCCGUCAUUUGCUCAUUAUGCAGGAUCACCCGGAACCCAAAUCGGGCAACUACCAGUUUGUACACAGGAUUUGUCUAUAGAUUACACGAGGUCAUUUUAUGAUCAUUUUGUUCCAUCCAUUGAUAACUAAUUCACAUUCGUAUAUUUUUGAUAAUUUGUUCCUUACUAUAAUCAUUUUUUUUUUUAUAAAAUAUAUAUUAUGUUAAAACUCUUGGACAUAAUUUGUACUAAUGUUGGAAUUUUGGAUAUGUCGAGUUGGUAUGAUUGUCGUUUUUGGGAUUCACAAAUACAUUGGCCGGUAGCAUGUAUUCCAAAAGCAUGUUGCUUUCAGCUGGCAAACCCAAA